GCGGCCGCCCUCCAGCGCUGUGUGGGGGUGGGCUCGGCCUCGGCCUCCUCCGCCUCCUCCUGCUGCCGGCGGCCGAUCUUCUGAUGCAGAAGACCCUCUGGAAGCUGUAAAGAAGAUCACCGAGGAAAUGAGGAAACUCACAUCCACCAACUGGAUCUCCGACACAGAUAUUUUUGAGGAUCCUGAUGAUUUCGGCUUUUCUGGCCUCAGUUUUGGAGCCAUUACUGCCAUUGGAGUUACUGUUUUUGCAGUAAUUGUCAUUACUAUUAUUCUGUGCCUCACCUGUUCCUGUUGCUGUCUGUACAAAGCAUGUCGAAGACCACGGCCUGUGGUGACCACCACUGCCACCACGACAGUGGUUCACUCUGCCUAUCCCCAGCAACCAGCAGUGCCACCCAGCUACCCAGCAGGUCCAUACCAAGGCUACCAGCCCGUGGCUGUGCAGCCCCAGCCGGGGAUGCCAGCGGCUCCGUACCCUGCUCAGUACCCUCCCCCUUACCCCAUGCAGCCAGCAGGACCCCCAGCUUACCAUGAAACUGUGGCAGCUGGUGCUGGAGCCCCUUACCCCACCCAGCCCCCUUACAACCCUGCUUACGUGGAUCCUCAGAAGCCCACCUAUUGAAAAGCUCUUCUGCUGUGCUUCUGCAUACAAAAUAUAAUUUUGUUCUGUUUACACUAUGUACCUAUACUAUAUUUUUCUGGAAGACAACCAUCUUUUGUUUAAGUAGAGUGAAAAUCAAUUCAGUAUCUUCUUUUUUUUAAUGCUCCAAGGAAGGAGUAUUUUUCUUGCAGAAGUUAAUUUAUACCUCAAGCAAAUAAAAAAAGAGAUUUUGCUCUAGAUACAAUGAGAGAAGCGGGAAGAAAGUAUUUCAGAAAUACAGAACCACAAUGCCAUUUUCUGUACAAUAAUUUUGAGAGGAAUGGUCUAAUACGAAUGUUGUCAAAUACCCAAAGCUGUAGCAAUCUUUUGCACAGUAUUAAAAUGUAAAAACUUAACCUCUAAGAAACUACCUGAUACAUGUUAUGAAAGUUCUGCCUGUUUUGAAGCUACUAUUGUUAGGUAAGCUACCAUUUAAUACAUUUCAUUUAUCAUUCAAAAGGGAAUUCUCCUGUUUUGCAACAUAUUUACCUUUGGUAAGGGGUAGUAAACCAUGUUUAAUUAGUUCUAAAUAGCAUGAGUUUGUUAUUUCCUUGUUUUCUAUCCCAAUUUUAAGGUUUAUAAACUGUGCCUCCAUAAGGUGUUAUAGCUAGAAAUCAACAGACUCGCUGCCACUUAAAGGACCAAAUAGAUCAAAAGCUGAAACCCUGAAAAUUAUUCAUAAAAAUUAUUGGAUGAGUAUUUCUUGUUCAGGUAGUAUUGGACAAGCUUACUUCAGCCAUCUGUUGUUGAUGAGUUUGGAAUUAAAAUCAGCCUCUUAAUCACAUGUUAAGCAGAGGUACCUUGGCAGCAUUCAUUCCUGCCUCAUCACAGAGAAGGAAUUCUUUUACAAGAGGGAUGGGAUGUCAGCAGAAAAUUGAGGUUUUCAAAUGCUCAGGGUUUUUCCACUGUCUCUAGUGGGAGCUAUAGGUGGCAGGAACCUAAGAAUUACAGACCUUUAGAAAUCCAGUCUGCACUGGAGUAACAAUGUGCAGGGUGAGGGGCCACAGUGGGCAUUAAACCUCCCUUUUGUCUUCAACAUUCCCAUAAAGCUGAGCAGAAAAUGAGAAAUCAGGCAAAGAAAGGAUUUGGUCACAGCCAGGUAAUAUAUUUUUAAGAAGGUAAUGCUUUCAGUCAUGAAACAUCUUGAGACAUCCUCAUGACUGUUAAUGCUGCUGGGGCUUUAGGCUUUAUGAAUCUUUCAUUGCUCAAACAAAUAAGGUGGGGGGUUUCUCACUGUCCUCAACAAUUCUGUCUUUUCCAACAUUGAAAUGCAAUUUGUUGUUAAUCCUCAUAGAACUAUGUAGUUAUUUGCAUGUAUCACUGUGACAUAAUUGGUGAAAGCAUUUUAACAUAUCUUUUAUACUGAUUAUAUUUUUUAGAGAGGCCAUUGAGCCAUUUGUCCUGUGAUUCUACAUUUGGGGUAUAUUAUCAUUUGGUGCAUUGUUUUACCUCACAGAGUAGAUGGAAAUUGCUGCUCUCAAAGGCAGCCUUGUUCCUUUUCCUCAUUUUUUGAGUCUAUUUCUUAACUAUUCCAAUUCUUUUCUUAAGAAAGUUUUCAGGGCAUUUCAGAAGAACAUUGCUGAAAGUUUUUACACUGGGGUUCAUGACAGCCUGUGCCCCUCUGUUAACACAUUUCUGAGUGUUGAAGUUAGUAGCAUGAUAUGGUGCCAAGAGGCACUUACAGGGCAUGUAUCCAUGUAUCCUGUGUCUGUGUGUUCCUCCUCUUUCCUGCCUUGUCAGCUGAGGAAUUGGGCAAAGCUUCAUUAAACUGUCAGAUGUUACAUGGGAUGAAACAAAAAAAAAGGAUGGUGUCUCCUGUAUGGAGGAGGAAGUAUUGCCUUAGAAAUCUGGAAUGUUUCUGUGGGAGAGCACUGAGUAACUGCAGAAAUAAAUCCUGUUCUACAGAUCCUACCCCUGGUGUUUAUUCAUGGAGAAAGAGGGCAGAGAUUGUUCCAGCAGCUUCGUUAGCCUGUGUAGAGCCAGGCCAGGGAAAGCACAGGUACAGCAUCCAGUGUGGGGCUUCCUGAGGUUAUUACUGUGUCCUGCUCUUCCUGUCCCCCACCUGGUGUGAGUGACAAAGGGAGCAGCUCAUGGCAGUCACAGUGUCAUGUUUGGGUUGUGAGAGAAAUCUGCAGUUUCAUGGCAGGAUGGCUCAGUCAUUAUCCUUGAGGAGAUGGGAGGAAAGUAAAAUGGCAGCAAUAACAGACUUUCCCAAAUACAAGGUUUUGGGGUGGAGGCUGUACAGAACAAACAGAUAGUCCUGCAUUGCCACUGCUCUGUGCGUGGUGGUGGGAGAUGAGGGGUAGGGUUAAGGAGCCUGAAAAUUGACACCUUUCCAUCAGUGGGUAUGUAUGAAUGAUGACUAUAUACAAGUGAAGAGAUGAGUCAUUAAUGUACAAGGAAUUGCCUUAGCAGUACUAAUUCAGUUACCAAACUUACUGAAAGAAAAUGGUCCAGCUCACAAUUAAUCAGAUUGUGAUUAACUUCUUACUGUUAGUGCAUUAAUCAUCAUUAACAAUGAGGUGUAGGACCAAAUUUUAUUUGGCUCUUGCCUGGCAGCCUUGUUGAAGCUUGUUUUCAAAUACUGAUGAGAAUGGGAUGGUUACAGAAAAGAUGGGGAUGAUCCAUAAGUUUUCAGUUUAAGCACUGCUGAUGUGUCAGUCCCAGUAGCUGUUGCCUUCAUGUCCCAUUGUUCUCCACAGUGCUCUAGGGAGUGGGGAGGGAGCUGAGAAUUUAAAUGGUGAUAUAUCUCAUUCUUUUUUUUUAAUUCUGUAAGUGCCUUUGUUUCAGAAAUGUUUUGUGAAAUUAAAGACAGUAGAAUAUUGAAUUUACUAGAUAACCAUUGUUGCUUUUGUUACAUACUGUAACCUCGCUUUCUAUGUUGUUUGUAGGUUAAACAUAAGUAUUCAAACCAAAUGGCAUAAACUCUAUGCACCUUUGUAAUAAAUUCAGUGUUUGAAGUACA